AUGGCGCUCCCUUCCAGCAUCGCCGAGAUGGCCCAGGCUAUGGGUCACAUGCCGCCCUCAGCUUCUGACGACCCAAUUGCAGCGCUCAAAGCAGCCAACUACAAAGGCAAAGGGCUCAUGGACCCCAUCAAGUCUGUCGAAGACAAGUGGGAGCUCGUUCCUGCCUUCCUCCAGGUCAAAGGUCUGGUCAAGCAGCACAUCGACUCCUACAACUACUUUGUCGACCAUGACCUCAAGAACAUCAUCAAAGCAAACGAGAAGAUCACUUCCGACAUCGACCCCAAGUUCUAUCUCAAGUACACCGACAUCACAGUGGGAGAACCUCGCAGAUAUGAUGGUGAUGCAGUACAGCGGCCCAUCACACCGCACGAAUGCCGACUUCGAGACAUCACCUACUCCGCACACAUCUUUGUCAAUAUCGAGUACACUCGAGGCAACAAGAUCAUCCGCCGCAAGAAUGUCGCCAUUGGGCGCAUUCCUGUCAUGCUUCGCAGCAACAAGUGUGUUCUCUCCAACAAGUCGGAAAAGGAGCUCGCAAAGAUGAGCGAGUGUCCUCUCGAUCCAGGUGGAUACUUCGUUGUCAAGGGAACAGAAAAGGUCAUCCUCGUGCAGGAGCAGCUCAGCAAGAACAGGAUCAUCGUCGAAGCAGACACCAAGAAGGGCACCGUAUCCGCGUCCGUCACCUCGUCCACUCACGAGCGCAAAUCCAAGUCAUACGUUCUCACAAAGCACGGCAAGAUCUUCCUCAAGCACAACUCACUGCAUGAAGACAUCCCCAUCGCCAUCGCAUUCAAGGCAAUGGGCAUUCAAGCUGAUCGUGAGAUCCUGCAGCUCGUCGCCGGCCACGAUGACGCCUACAAGGAGCUCUUUGCCAUCAACCUCGAAGAGGCUGCUCGCCUUGGCAUCUAUACCCGCAAGCAGGCGCUCGACUACAUCGGCGCCCGUGCCAAGGCAUCACGCAAGCCUCUCUCAAUGCGACGACCUCUCGCCGAGGAAGCUCUCGACGUUCUCGCUACCGUCAUCAUGGCCCACGUUCCCGUCGAGAGGCUCAACUUCCGCCCCAAAGCCAUCUACAUCGCCUCCAUGGUUCGCAGAGUGCUCAUGGCCAUGCAGGACGAGAAAAAGGUUGACGACCGAGACUACGUUGGUAACAAGCGUCUCGAGUUGGCUGGUCAGCUGCUCGCCCUCCUCUUCGAAGACCUCUUCAAGAAGUUCAACUCGGACCUCAAACUCAACAUCGACAAGAUUCUCAAGAAGCCCAACCGAACCGUCGAGUUUGACGCCUUCAACCAGUUCCACUUCAACGGCGACUACAUCAGCAGCGGCUUUGUGCGCGCCAUCUCGACGGGCAACUGGAGUCUGAAGCGUUUCAAGAUGGAGCGUGCUGGUAUCACCCAUGUUCUCAGCCGUCUAUCCUUCAUCGCUGCACUCGGCAUGAUGACGAGGAUCAGCUCGCAGUUCGAAAAGACGAGAAAGGUGUCGGGACCUCGUGCUCUGCAACCAUCGCAGUGGGGUAUGCUGUGUACUGCCGAUACGCCGGAAGGUGAAGCCUGCGGUCUUGUUAAGAACCUGGCUCUCACCACUCACAUCACAACAGACGUCGAGGAAGAGCCCAUCGCACGGAUCGCCUUCACUCUCGGAGUGGAGGACAUCCAUCUGCUCACCGGUGCCGAGCUGUAUCGACCCGACUCGUACGUUGUCUACCUCAACGGUAACGUGCUUGGAGUGACUCGCUUCCCGCAACGCUUCGUGAUGCACUUCCGCCGUCUCCGUCGGGCCGGCCGCAUCUCCGAGUUUGUCUCGGUCUACACCAAUCACCACCACCAGACCGUUUACAUCGCUUCCGACGGCGGCCGCAUCUGCCGACCCCUCAUCAUUGUCGAUCCCGUCACCGGUCAGCCCCGUGUGACCGAGUCGCACAUGCAGCAGCUUCGAUCCGGUGCUCGCCGCUUCGACGACUUCCUCCACAACGGAUUGCUAGAGUAUCUCGAUGUCAACGAGGAAAAUGACGCCAACAUUGCCCUGCACGAGCGCGACAUCAACCCACAGCAUACGACACAUCUCGAAAUCGAGCCGUUCUGCAUUCUGGGCGCUGUGGCGGGUCUAAUUCCUUACCCUCAUCACAACCAGUCCCCAAGAAACACGUAUCAAUGCGCCAUGGGAAAACAGGCGCAAGGAGCCAUCGGAUACAACCAGUUGAUCCGGAUCGACACGCUCCUGUACCUCAUGCUUUACCCUCAACAACCCAUGGUCAAGACACGGCAUAUCGAGCUGAUUGGCUUCGACAAGCUCCCCGCCGGUCAAAACGCCAUGGUAGCCGUGAUGUCUUUCUCAGGCUACGAUAUCGAAGAUGCGCUGAUUCUCAACAAGGCUUCCCUGGACCGGGGCUAUGGUCGAAGCCAAACCCUGAAGAAAUCGAGUACGGUGAUCCGCAAGUAUCCCAACGGCACGCACGAUCGUCUCGCCGACGCUCCUGUCGAUGACACCACGGGCAAGCGUCCCAAGCGCUACGACAUCCUGGAAGCCGACGGAAUUGCAGGUGUCGGUGAGCGGGUGGAACAGGGUGACGUCUACGUCAAUAAGCAGACUCCGAUGAAUGCGAACGACAACUCAUCGGCGGCCAUCAUGGCCGGUGCGUCCGACGCGGCCGCCUCUGUCUCCUACAAGUCUGCGCCACUGUCCUACAAGCCUCCGGUCUCGGGCUACGUCGACCAGGUCCUCAUCACGGAUACUGACUCGGAUCAGACACUCAUCAAAGCGCUCAUUCGUCAGACGAGGCGCCCAGAGCUGGGCGACAAGUUCUCGUCGCGCCACGGCCAGAAGGGCGUCUGCGGCCUAAUCGUCCAGCAGGAGGACAUGCCGUUCACGGAUCAAGGCAUCAACCCAGAUUGCAUUAUGAAUCCUCACGGUUUCCCCUCGCGAAUGACCGUGGGUAAGAUGAUCGAGCUGCUCUCCGGUAAGGCGGGAGUAAUUACGGGAAACUUGCAGUACGGAACCGCGUUCGGCGGCAGCAAAGUGGAGGACAUGUCGGCAAUCCUCGUCGCGAACGGCUACAACUAUGGAGGCAAAGAGACCUUGACCUCUGGUAUCACGGGCGAGUCGUUUGAGGCGUAUACCUACUUUGGGCCCAUCUAUUACCAAAGAUUGAAGCACAUGGUGCAAGAUAAAAUGCACGCACGAGCUCGAGGACCACGAGCAGUGCUCACCAGACAGCCGACGGAAGGCCGAUCACGCGAUGGAGGCCUCAGACUCGGCGAAAUGGAGCGGGACUGCCUCAUCGGCUACGGAGCGACGCAGUUGCUGCUCGAGAGGCUUAUGAUCUCUUCGGACGCCUUCACGGUGCACGCCUGCCAGAAGUGCGGUCUCAUGGGGUACAACGGAUACUGUCCCUACUGCGCUACGAGCAAGCACGUCGUCAAGCUCACCAUUCCGUACGGCACCAAGCUCAUGUUGCAGGAGCUGAUGGCGAUGCAGGUGGUCCCGCGCUUGAUCCUCGAGGAUGCGGUCUAG